AUGGCUGAUGUAGAAGAAGACCCGUAUGCGUUGAGUUCAGACUCAGAAGAUGAUGAACCAAAAGGACCCCCGCCUAAAAUAAACAUCGAGGGCAGAACCACCGCAGAUCUGUCAUCGCUGGUUUGUUUAUGA